CAUCGUUCGACAAGAUGUCUAAUAUAAUAAAGCUAAAGAUAUGCAAACCCCUUAAAUGCAGUUAAAGAUACACAGUUUACUGUACACGGUAAUUUAAAGAUGAUGAUGGUGCUACUGCUAAUGGGUUUAAAUGGCAUGACCGCGUCCGUAGUACUCAAAAGGCGAAGAGAAGAAGCAUGGUAUGCCCUUUCUGAAAGCUCAAUAGCAUUGUUGAUUUCCUCUACCGCUGUUUUAUUGAGCUUCUAUAGAAUCCAUCCGAUCCGUAGCUUGGCAACAAAAACAUCCAAUGAAAGCACGCGUAAACAAAACUGUGCAAUGUCACUCGCUCUUUACAGACUGUCGGCAAACAUUCAUUUCUCGCUAUUAUAUUGUGAUAUGGCACAAUCGUGGAUAAGAAAGGUCAGGGAGCCCAAACAUUUUAUCUUCAAAGUCGUUGAGGAAUGUAUGACCGAUCAAGUUUGUCAUUUCAGAUAAAUUUGUCUUUUAUACUCGCAAUACGUUGUCUGAUACAAGGAAAGCAAGAUACGUGCUUACCAGAUAUAUCUUAUGGUGUUGUGGUUAGCAACAAAAUGACUUUACUGUGUUAAGUAUAUGCAAUGACACUUUGAGCUUUUUCGGGAAGGUGGGACCUAAGAAGGCAAGCUAGAACGAGUUUGAGGAGUAAUUUUGUUUGUAUGACAAGGUGGAGCGGGAGAGAAGAAAGAAGGGGAUUAGAGGUAAAUAUAAUUCAUCUACUAUCAAUGCAUACCCGCUUUUUUCUUCUGAUAAGUUGACAAAGGAGAAA